CAUGGCUUCCGCGGGUUAGAAAUCAAUUGAAUUAAAUUUAUAAAUCUUAUGUUUAUUGCACUUAAAUUCUCUAUAAUAUAACCAAUACGAUUGUUAAUUGACCUAAUUUAAAUAUUUUUAUUGUAUUGAGCCUUCACCAGUGAUAAUAAUUGAACCAAUAAUGAAUUCCUGUGAAGAAUCAGAAUCAUCUGUCUGUGAUACUCUAGAUCUUAGUGGUCAAGGGCUUAAAAAGUUAAGUCGUUGUCCAUCAGACGCAGACAUUAGUACUUUAAUCGUUGACGAUAAUGAACUUCAGAGACUUGACAAUCUCGAUACUUACCACAGAAUUACAAAGCUCUCUAUUGUACGUAAUCAGCUUUUACGAAUGUAUGGAGUGUCAAAAUUACAUAAUUUAGUCACACUAAAUUUAGCUAACAAUGGAAUUUUAACAAUUGAAGGCAUUAAAGACAUGCCAAAUUUAACAACUUUGUGUUUGGCUGGAAAUAAUAUAAAAUCUAUUGAACAUUUGCAUUCUAAUACAAAAUUACAACAUUUGGAUUUAUCUGAGAAUAGUAUCAGUCAUAUUUCCGAUAUUUCUUAUUUAAGAAAUUUAAAAGAAUUAUUCUUACACAAUAAUCGCAUUAUAACACUACGACAGUCUGAAAGAUACUUGCCAACAUGCUUGGAGACUCUAACAUUGGCAAAUAACAAUAUUACAGAUUUAAAUGAGAUGUCACAUCUCAGUGGAUUGACAAGUCUUAUUAAUUUUUCUAUUGCUAAUAAUCCUUGUGUUAGUGCUACAGGUAAUAGUAUUGGUUUUGACUAUCGUCCAUUUGUCAUAAAUUGGUGUAUGAGUCUAAAAUCAAUCGAUGGAUAUGCUGUUGAUCCAAUUGAAAGUUUAAAAGCUGAAUGGCUUUAUUCUCAAGGACGAGGGAGACAAUUUCGUGUUGGUGAGCAUUUAUUACUUACUCAAUAUUUAGCAUCAGUUUGUCCAUUAUCGGGUGAAUGUCUCGAAAAUGAAACUGACAGAAAACUUAGAUUAAUAUUGAGUAAAGCACAGCAUCACCAGCAACAACUCAAUCAACAAACCGAUACCAGUAAUGUUCACGGUAUGACACCAUCACCAGCUGCUAGACGAAGACUAGGUCCUAAUCGUACCAGUUCACCAAGACGUCCAACUUCUAUUUCAUUAGGUUCAUCAUGUAAUUCCAUACGACUGAGAUCACCAGAUCGAAUGGUAGCAAGUUGUCAUACUGAAACUAUGUUAUCAUCUUGUCAUGGAACUUUAGCUGAUAAUCAUGAACUACUGAUGACUCAAAGUCUUGAUCCCAAUAUGUUGUGCAAUACAUUUAAUAAUAAAUCAAAAGAAUCUGGGUUGAAAGAUAUUGAAGAAACUUCAAGUCCUCUACAAGCAGCAACGAAACUAGUACCUGUACCAGAAUCAUUGAUGAGCCCAGACUUUCGUCCACCUUCUGGUCUAUCACGAAUUCUUCCAAAGACUCCACCAAGUCGACUUAAUUCACCAAUACAGAGCAUUGUACCUGUAAAAAUUAACAACGAAAGUAACACUAAACCUGUUUCAAUCAGCAAUACCUCAAACACAAUCACUGCUAAAAGUAGUGUAGGAGUAUUAAAAGGAAAUGCAUUAAUGAAAAGUAAUUCAGCGUCGAACUGUAUUGGAGGAAAAACAAAUAUUGGUAAACCCGUUACGACAAAUACAAACGGUAAAUGUCCACAAGCUGUUAAAAUAAAUAAUUAUGUACAAAGUAAAACAAUGACACCAAAGAGAAGUGCUAGAAAUUCACCAAAUUUACCUCGAAGUGUAAAUAAAAUAAAAACAACAGAUAAAAUAAAAAGUAAUGAUUUACAAAAAAAUAAAGUAACAGGUUACGACAAUAUAACAGUAAGUAGUGAUGAAGACAGUGAAGUUUGUCAAGUUAAAUUAAAUAAUAUAAGACAUAGAGCCAUUCAAAGACGUCAAGAGGAUACAAAUAAAGCUGAAGAUGAAGCUGAAAAAGCAGCAGUAUGUAUUCAAAGAAUGUGGCGGGGUUAUCAUACACGUAAUUUAAAUAAAAAAGCAACAAAUGUUUUAAAAACAAUUGAAAUGAUGAGAACUAAUAAAUAUAUUCAAAAACUAUCAACUGAUAUGGAGGCAACACGCACAGCACUUGAGAGUGAGCAUAAGUUACAAUUACUUCAGAUGCAGGCAAUAAAUGCAUUGUGGAAAAAGGUCGUUAGUUUACAGCCGGGCGCUAAUGAAAUAAAUAGUGGACAGAAAAAUACAGACAUCGUUACUAAUUUAGCACAGACUUGUAAUUUAUUACACAGUCAAGUUCAACAAUUACAAGAUUCAAUGACUGAAAUAAAACGCUGUAUGUCAAGUAUGCAAACAAAAGUCGUAUUAGUUGAUAAUGGUGUUGGUACACAAACGGAAAUUUCAGCAGUACACACUCCAGCUGGUGAAGAAAACACAUUCCCGUAUGCUAAACCACUGAUUCGACCUCAGUCAUUGUCUAUUCAACAGACAAUCCAUGAAAAUACUGAAAGUAAAUCCUUUGCAACAAAUCUUGUUGAUAGUGUUCUUAAAAAAGUAUCGCAGUCAACAGAUACGACAGAUGAUGAAGUUAAUACAGAUAUACUUAAUUCAAAUUCAAAUCCUGAAUUAUUGUCGACUGAUCAUCCGGAAAUGUUUAAAAGUUGUGAAGAAAUAGUUGAAGAUGAAUUCAAAGAAAUGGAUGGUGAUUUUGAAAAAGUUAUUGAGAUUACAAAUAUUUGUGAGGAAACGAUUUGUAAAGAGUUACACAACUUUAUUGAAAAUGAAAAUGGUCAGCAGAGUGUUGCUGAAAGUGACAAAGAAAAUUAAUGAUAAAUUUUUAAAAAUACUCAUAAUUAUUUUAUUAUUUUAAAAUUUAAAAAUAAAGUCUGAACGUAAGUAUAUUUUACGAAAUAAUAGUCUAUCGAUAGUCACUGUAAAUAUAAUAUGAGAGGAGUAAUUACUCGUUAAAAUAACAAUAAUUAUUUUAAAUAAAUGAAUAGACAAACAAAAAGACAUGACAAUUAACAGUGGAAUUAAACAAGUAUGUCAAAAAUUUUUUUUGAAGAUUCAAAAAAAGUGACUUAAAUAUUCGCCUUUUCAAGAUAUUUGAAUAUAAUUAUGCGUAAUUAAUAAAAAAAAAAAAAAGUAUGUUAUUUAAUCUAGUCCAAGUUUCUUGCUACAUGAUUGAUAUUAAUAUUCAUUGAAAUUGUUUUAAGAGUAUUAUAUGAGAUUUAAUUAGGAUAAAUAAUUGGUGUGAUUAAUAGUUAACGAUAGGACUUGAUUGUUUUUUGCUGUUGAAGCUAUAAUGCAUAAAAUAUGUAAUUAAUUAGAGCUGUAAUAGCAAAAUUAAUUUUACUUUUUCAUGAAAUAAUCAUUUUAAGGGGUAGCUGGUCUGAGUUACAAAAAAAAAAGGAUAUUUUUAUGAUUCUUUUUUUCAGAGUAUCUUUAUUAAAAUUCUUAAAAUUUGUGACAUUAUUAAGCAACAUUCCAAGAAUAUUCUGCUAAAUUUUCAUAAAAAAAUAUUGAAAAAUAAGCCAGUGGUAGUGGGGAGAGACAAGUCGCCAAAAAAAAAAAAAAGUUUUUAUGCCGUAGGCAGGAUAACUCAUGACUGCCUCAUCUGAAAUUAAAAACCAAAAAGAUUUCUUUAGUACAUAAGUUUAUUUUGGAUUUGAAAGAAGGAAUAAUCAAAAUAUUCAUUUUUAGUAAAGAUGCAAUCAAAAAACUUUGAUUUUUUCCAAAAAUUCUUCCUUUUGUUUAAUUAAAAAAUAAGUAGUUUUUAAAAAAAAAAUUCUUCUUUCAAAUUAAUGAUAAACUUAUGUACCAAAGAAAUUUUUUUGGUUUUUUGAUUUCAGACGAAGCAGCCAUGAGUUAUCCUGCCUACGGCAUAGAUACUUUUUUUUAAAUGACUCGUCUCUCCCCUUUACCAUCGGUUUAUUUGUUAAUAUUUUUUUAUGAAAAUUUAGCAAAAUAUUCUUGGAAUCUUGCUUAAUAAUGUUACAAAUUUAAAGAAUUUUAAUAAAGAAGAUACUCUGAAAAAAAAUAUCCUCUUUUUUUGUAUCUCAGAUCAGCUUCCCUCCUUAAUAAUUGAAAUACGACAAAAUUUAAGAAAAUUUAUAAUCUGGACAACUUGAGAUAAAAAAGUUUACAUUAUUUAUUAUUACUAGACAGUUCUGAUUAAAAAGCUAUUUGAAUUAUUUAAUUUUCAUCAAACCAAAUAAUUAAGUUAGUAAAUAUUUUAAUUAAAUAAACUUACAAGUAUUUCAAAAUUUAUACAAAAAUAAGUUUAAGUUCAAGUUAAUUUGAAAAAAUUAUUAUUUAUUUAUUUAUUUUGAAUUGUCAUUAAAGAGGGUAAAAAUAAGUAAUUAAAAUAAAAUUAAUUAUUAAUAAAUCGUAUAUUUCUGCUCAAUUAAUGUUCAUGC